AUGGGCGAACCCAGUGAACCUAUGGUAGAGAGAUUUCUCGGAGACCAGCAUGACUGCCAACCUGCGACCGACCCUAGACGGAAUCAAGAGCUCGCAGCUGCCUUCAAAGACAAGAAUGUUGUAAUUGCUGGUGCUGGUCGUGGCAUAGGAAGAGCCACCGCCGAGUUCUUUGCACACACUGCAGCCAAAUCACUCAGUUUGAUGGCGCUCGAGCUGCAAGAGGUGGACGAGACGGUCAGUCUGUGCAAGAAGAUCAACCCAAAGCUUCUUACCAAGACCGCUGCAUUCGACGUCAAGGACUACACCAAAGUGCAGCAAUUCAUCGACGAGGUCGACCAGGAAUUUGGGGGAAUUGACGUGGUCUUCGCAAAUGCUGGCCGCCCACCGCAAUGGCUGGCAACUUGGGAGUCAGAUCCUACAGUGUGGUGGGAUACCCUAGCCGUGUCGCUGCAAGGAGGCUUCAACUUCGCCCGAGCUGUACUGCCCAUCAUGCGCCGGGAGAAGGGCGGCAGGAUUGUCUUCACAUCAAGUGCCGGCGCACACGUGAGCAACGGCAUGGGCAGUUACGCACUGGGCAAACUGGGCCUGGUGCGGCUUGCUGAGAUCCUGCACCACGAGAACAAAGACCACAACAUCAAAACCUUCGCCAUCCACCCCGGUGCCAUUCCGACUCGAUUCUUCACCGAUUUCAAGGAGGCAUCCGAGGGCAAUAUCAAGGAAGGCAGCUAUGUGUCCAAGACCCUGCCGGGAGAAGAAAAGUCGGCCAACAUUGCAGUCAACUUCUUCAGGGAUGUCACUUGGGAUACGCCGCAGAUGCCGGCAGGCUAUGUGGUCUUGCUGUCCAGUGGCCAGCUGGAUUUCAUGUCGGGGAGGUAUGUUGACUGUUCCAGGAAGGUCGAGGCGUACCUGGCGGACAAGGACAAAAUCAUGGCCAAAGACCUACACCGGGUCAAGCUGGUGGUCGACUCGGACUGGUUUAUUCCUCCGGCCAAAGAAGAGCAGGAGUUUGGAGGUGCCUGA